UAACCUCCUAAUAUACUCAUAUUUACGAAUUCUCUCCCUUUUAAAUAAAAACAAGCCUCAAAAACCCUAAUUUUCUUCUCAGUCUCUUCUUCUUCGUCUCUGAGAUCCCAUCUCGAAUCACAACAUCAUAAAGGGGCAAGUAAUGGCCCCACCACAGCCGAAGAGUGGCCUCUUUGUGGGUUUAAACAAAGGACACAUUGUAACAACAAAGGAGUUGGCUCCACGCCCAUCUGCUAGAAAAGGAAAAACCAGUAAAAGAGUUCUCUUUGUCAGGAGUUUGAUCAGGGAAGUUGCUGGAUUUGCUCCAUAUGAAAAGAGGAUUACUGAGCUUCUCAAGGUUGGGAAAGAUAAGCGUGCUUUGAAAGUUGCAAAGAGAAAGCUCGGUACACACAAGAGGGCAAAGAAGAAGAGAGAGGAGAUGUCCAAUGUUCUCCGUAAGAUGAGGUCUGCUGGAGUUGCAGAGAAGAAAAAGUAAACAUCGCAAUAGUAUUUGGAAUUCAGCAGUAGUAGUUACCAGUGUUACCGCUCAAGACUCUUUUAGUUUUUUGUUCCUGCUCUUUUUUUGGAUUUGGAUAUUGAAACUCUCCCUUCGUGUUUAUGAAUUAUAGAGAUGCCAUUGUUCUUUUUCCAUGUCUUGUAAUAUUGUUCCAUGUAUCUAUCUCAUCUAGAACUGGAACUUAUGGUCCCAGUUUCAGGAUAUUAUGUAUUCUACCAAGGGGAAAGUGGAUAAUCUUUGAGUUCUACA